UUUUUCGACAGCUGGCUACCGUUUUCACAGCUUCGCGGGAUAUUCUCGGGAAUCAAAAGUUUAGAGCUCUUGUCAGUCAAAGUUACUCUGUGUUAUAUAUUUGAUGGGCUUAGUGUUGUUAAUGAAUAACACUUCGUCCACUGAAUUUCUUUCAACAGGUAGGUAACCUGUUACCUUUGUGGUGGUGGGUGGCUGUGACCAAAACAGUUGUUAGCCUGCUAACUACCGCUUGAUUGGGAAGGGUUCGCUCUGCUGGGGCCCAGCCAAAACGGGUGAAAGACAUGAGGAAACGAACCCAAAGAUGGUGUAAAACACCUUCAUCGGUAACUGUGCGCAUGAACCCCUCCACGGCACACUCUCUUAAAGUGAGGAGAGGCCUUCGGAUGAAACGGACAAAUGCCCAAGAAGUGCAAGGCCCACCAGAGAAGACCCACAACGGCCAGGGUCAAGGCGACGCUCACGCCUCCCGCAGAUGUCCGACGCUGUGUCCUCCAACGCUGACCAUCCAACGGCAGGAGAUGGCUGCCUUCUUCAGGCUAUUUGAUGAUGAUCUUAUUCAGGAUUUCCUCUGGAUGGAUUCUUGCUGUAAAAUCACAGACAAGUAUUUGCUGGCAAUGACAUUUGUCUACUUCAAAAGGGCCUGUUUCAGCCUUGUUGAACACAACAGGGCCAACUUUUUCAUAGCACUUUACCUGGCCAACACCAUGGAGGAGGAUGACGAGGAGGGCAAGUAUGAGAUCUUCCCCUGGGCGCUGGGCAAGAACUGGAGGAAGCAGUUCCCCGCUUUCCUGAAGCAGAGGGACAGGCUGUGGGCUCGCAUUGACUACAGGGCAGCCGUCAGUCGCCGCUGCUGUGAAGAGGUGAUGAACAUCGUGCCAUCCCACUUCAUCUGGCAGCGUGUGCGAGCGGAGCACCACAGCGGGGCCCAGCGCGUCUACCGUGACCGAGACGAGGUGCACCUCCCCCGCGGACCAACGGCCAGCCUCCCCAAACCCUGCUCCCUCUGCGCUAAAUAUGCCGUCCUCAACGCCUCCACCUCCUCUUCAUCCUCCUCUUCGUCUUCAUCCUCCUCGUCCCCCUGCUGUCUGUCCUCCAAUGACUGCUCCUCGGCCACCUCCACCUCCCCGCUCGCGUUCAGCUUGUCCAUCUCUCUGGAGAGCACGCCUCCUCCUCCCGCCUCCUCUCUGACGACUGCCGGCAAGACCAGGAGCUCAACCCGGCUCAGCAAGAGACCCAAGCGCCAGCGUCAGCCCUGCAUUUGCUGCUCCCAAGACCCCGCAGGGGGAGACGUGGCACGCGAGGGAGAGCAUGAUCACACCAUGGACUGGAUUGGUGAAGAAUGAAGAUUUCUUUGAAUAGCAUUUCAAUGUAUGCUCUGAUACAAAUUUGGUUGUGAAAAGUAUUUCACAUUGCCAUUUAAGGUCCCUAUAUUUAUUAUUUAUUUCUUUGUAUUUAUUUGUUUAGUAAAUAUAUCUUUUUGUAACAAAAACUAUUGAAAAUAUUCUUUGUUUUACACUUGGGCUAUGUAAAGUUUUUCAACCAGGUAAUGGGAGAAAACAAGCACCGUUUAAGUGUUAAAUUAUCAGAAAGUGUGCAUACAUUCCAAAUAUCCAAUUUAUUAUUUAUUAUUAAUUAUUAUAAUUCAAUAUAUAAUUACUGUUACUUGCUUAUUAUAUACUAUAUCGUUUUUUGUGACCCCAAACAUUUCAAACUCUGUUUCAAGUGCCUUGUUUGACUGUCAAGAAGGGGUUCAACGUUCUCUCACCAUCGGCUUGGUUUGGUGAGGGUCAUCUGUGUGUGCAGUGGAGAAUAUGUGAAUCUUUUGGCAGUGUUGCAUAUAUGUGUGUGUGCUCUGUUGACAUCUGCAUGUAGACAUACUACCAUCCCCAAUAAUGAAGAGGCUGAUGAUGCAGCCAAAUCCUGUGUGCUGUUGUUGCAGUUGUUUGUUGUUUUGAAAAACGUCUGGUCUGAUGCAAUAAAUACUUUGUGAAAAGUA